UAUAUAAGUAUCUUUGAAAUCAAUAUAAAAUGUGUAUUGUGCUGGUCAAACGAUACUGACAGUUUCGGUGCUUUAUACUUAAAUUUCAGAUAUUUGCAUUGUCUACGUUGCUGCUCGGGUAAUAACCACGUGGCAGCCUUGUUAGUUAUGGAUUCGGUGGCCGACAUCAGGCUAUAUAACACUAUUCAAUGACACCCAUUGCAAUGGCAGCCAUGAUGGAAUGCGCCUGCGUCAUUUACCACAUGAUGACCGCUGCCUCAAUAUACAUAACGCGUAGGCGUUUUAUGAAUGGACUUCUGGAGAGUUAGUUUGUGUUGUUGUAAACGUAGUAUAGCAGCAUGUGGGUAGAGUGGAACAGGUGACACGGGAGAAAAACAUUCAUUUUGGAAAUAUAAUAUUCACAAAAUGACCUGAACACACUUAAGUUAAGAUGGCCGACUUGCAGGUGGUUGAUGAAGAAAUGCACCGAAUCUCCACGGAAGGCCAGAGAGAACAUUUAGAAAUAAACGAUCUUCCAGAAGAAAUCUUGAGUAGAAUCUUUAGCUAUUUUCAACCCAUCGAAGAUCAGUUACCAAUUCUGGCAUUUGUUUGUCACAAGUGGAAACAGAUUUUGAACAACUCCGGAUACCUGUGGCGGUCUUUGCACAUAGACCCGUCAAGAUAUUCCUACUGGCACUUCAGCCUCAUUUGUUCCAUAUUUCGUUGCUACGGAAACCAUAUACAGAAACUUUCAUGGCGGGAGAAUUCCCCGGUGUACGAAAGUGUGUUUUCAUUGAUUCCGAGACUGCGAAACUUGAAGUCUCUCCGUCUUCCCAUUCUGUGGACUCGCGUUGUGGUCGAGAGUCUCCACACCCUGACCAAUCUAGAGCAGGUUCAGAUCAACGGCGGCUUCGCCCUCAGAGACACCGACUUGGAACGCAUCGUUGAGUACUUUCCCAAACUGCGCGAGGUUUCGCUCAACGCAUGUUGGUGCAUCACUCACGAAGGCCUCAAGAAGCUGAUGAACGGGCUCAGCUAUCUGCAUACAAUAAAGCUGAAGAUAAACUCUGGCCUUCCUUUGAACGACGUCCGAAGUGAACAUGCAAUGAGGGAAGGUGGUCAAAUCGUCACCAGUAUUAAAGACCAUUGCCAUGCUAGACUCUUCGGCGUGCUGUGCCUUCAUUUCGUCCCUCUAGAGAUGGAAGAGCUUUGGGAUCUCUUGAAUAAGAUGACUCAUCUGAAAAAACUCAGCAUCAGCAACUGUGAGCAACUCCACGGAAUUCGUAUAAUAUCUCGUUCCCUUCAGAAACUGUACUUGUUCAACCUAUGGAACGUUCUUUUUAUCAGCGUAGACGGCCGUGAUAUUCGCCACAUUAUCAUCGACCAUGGGUUAGAAUCAAUGGAGCAUAUGGAACUGGACUGCCCCAAGUUACGGAAGGCGUCCAUAAAUGGAAGUAAUGUACUACGCACGCUCAAUAUAAAAUCAUCGAGACUUAGUUUUCUCGAAGUUUCAAACUGUGAAGAGCUGGACAUGCGCACUUUGCGUAAUACGCUGAGGAACAAUCCGUCCAUUCUGUGUCUGAAGAUUGGCUGUGUCUCCCAGGACAGUUUGCUGCUGGAUGAACUGACCAUACCCAGCCUGCAGGAGCUCUGCCUCCUGUCGGAUUUCGCCUGCGAGGCCAUCCACAUCAGGAGCCCGACACUUCGAUUCUUCCACACAGAAGCCGAGAACGACAUCAUCACCCUGAACCACAUCUACAUCACGGCCAACCACCUAUGCAAAGUGACUCUCGUCGGGAUGCCAGCGCUGAAGACCAUGACCAUUCAGUGCGUGAGCGUGGACUCGAUAGAACUGAAUCUCUGCAGCGACGAUCAGCUGAGUCUGGACUCUUGCGUCAUACACGCCCUUGGAUCCAUUGGAUUUCUGCGCCUGUUUGACUGCAAGGUUAAUCUGCUCAUGGUUAGCACGCCACUGGCCAAAACUGUGGUCUUGUAUCGCUGCCAGAUGACGAACUACGCUCUGCGCAUGGCCUUGACGGGCUGUCCCAAUAUAGCAUAUCUGAACUUGGAAAAGUGUCGAAGCAUCACAAAAGUCGACAUAGAGGCUCCACCAAUGAAGUUCCUCAACAUGUUCGGAUGCUGCGAAAUGCAUCGGCUGGACGUCGACUGCCCCAAACUGUUGGCCAUUAAUCUGGGACAGUGCCCCAACGUUCGUUUAUUUUUCAAAGGAAUUGAGCAAAAUCUGACCGAGAUAAUGAAUCACACCCAAAUUGUGCCUCCUUCUGAUUCAAUCAGAUGGAGCCAUGACUUUCCACCACAGCUUUAUAUAUGCGGGUGAUAUUUAGAGGAGUAAAAUACGUACACAGUAGCAGUAUACGCAUACUUCUGGCCACUGACGUGAACGUUAUACAACCAAGUUCUAGCUCACGACACCUAACCUCAUCUCCUUUGAAAAGCCAGACUACGUUUCUGAACUUGCUGACGUCCAGCUGCUCUAAUGUCCAAGCUGAUAAAUCGAAUUAUUAAAAUGUUAAAACCCACAAUAUUAAAAUAAAGAAUGAUAUGAUCUCC